UCUUCCUGUUUCCACCUUUUCUGUAUUUCAGCCCGUUUUUAAGUCACUUUUCUUUUAACUUAAAGUAAUUGUUCCACUGUUUCCACCCACCUAACGGCACAUCCAGGAACAACUAACAAACACACCCUGUAUAAACUGGAAAUCCCGUGCCACGUGACAAUGUUUACGUUACCCAGAUAAUCGAGCAGAUUGUCGCGCGGCCGGAGUCGCAAAAACAGCUGAUUACGUGCCAGGAACAGGUGAGUCUGUGUGUCAGACACACGUUUUAUAUCGAACAAAGCCAGACUGGCCCACCUGUAGCCAGCUGCGUUACGUUAGCUUCGCAUACCUACGAACUUACCUUCUUCAUGUUCUCUCAGUCCGAAUUUUCCUACAAAUUAUACCGGUUUUCUAUUGCCUCGCGCUUUGGCUAAAAAACACACAUUUUAAAACUUAAAUCGUUACGUUUCCAAGUUUAUCGGGAGCGUACGUGUAAUUCGGCGUGUUUUCAAAACGACAUAGAUGUCUUCUUAAUAUGAAAAAUGUACAUCUUCCUUGGGGAGGUUCAGCCGCUUCCUCGCACUUCCUGGGUAUUUUCCCACACAGACUGAGCCUGACAUCACACUGGAAGGUUGAUAAAAGUUGAUUUCGCUUUCGUCGACGGAUUAUAUGUCGGCCGAACUGAAGAACAGCUCGGUGCCAAGCUUCCCGGCGCCACUUCACCGCAAACUGGAUAAAAGAUGAGCUUCUCCCGGAAGAGAGACGUAGAUCUCACGGGCGCCUACGAUCGCAGUUUGGAGCGCCAAAUCGCGGAACGGGGCUCGAGCCUGCCGUGCAGAGAUGAGGAGCUGUGGAGAAAGGUGGAGGGACUUAUGAAGGAGGGAAAUGCUCAGAAGAUCCACUGCCUGGGUGUGGAUCCACUGAGGGUGAUGGAGGAGUCGCUCAAGGCAGUCACAGCAGCAGGAUGGAGCAGACGAGUUGGAACCAGAGGAGGCCUGCAAGGCCUGGCCAAAGCUUUUGAGGUGCUGGAGCAAGCAGCCUUGAACCUGUACCUGGCUUCCUGGAGGAAGGAGUACGCUGUAAUCCAGAUGUACUCCGGCACGUUCACGCACUACAUCACCCCGGUGCUGUCGACGGCUCAGAUCGAGAACCUGUUCAACCUGUUGGGGUACGAGCUCGGCGCGUCAUCAUCUGAGCAGCUCCAUCUCCAGACGCACAGAGUGAACUCCACCUCUUCGGAUACCCUCCUUCGUUUGUCUUGCGCCUUCUUCCUGGCCCGCUGCGAGUGCCACUUUCUUACAACGGUGCUGGGGAAGCGCUGCGGUGACACCCAGUGGGAGCUGAGCGCAGUGAUGGAGAGGCAGCGAGGAAACGGCCUGCAGGUUGCUGUGGAGAACACCAAGAAGAUGCUGGAAGUUGGCGAGACCCUAAUGGAGCAGCCCGAUGGAGACGUGGAUCUGUACACCGAUCCGGUUAAUGAAGAGGACCCGCAGAUGGUUGUCAACAACGAAGAGAGUCCCUGCUCAUUCAUCUGGACGACAGCGGACAACGUAUCACCCACCACUGUCCAAACACACAGCAACGGAACGACAGCAUCGUUCCCACAGCGAGAGCCGCUCACCGGCAGAAACUCCUCGGACAGCAAGAGGCCAAGCUGGCGUUCCCCUGGUGCUACGAGGCUGAGUAAAACAAACACUGAGCCUCAAAGUCUGCAGGUAGAUCCAAUCGAGGCUCUGAAGAGUGAGGAUGGCGACUACAACCUCUGCAGGUGCGUCCAGAACUCAGAUUCUUGUUCUUACUGCUCUGAAUGCAAAACCCUGCACGAUGAGACCUGUGCGGUCCUUACGAUUUGCAGAAAGAAUGUCCACAACGUGAAACAAGUGAAGAAAAUGCCGAGUGGAGGCCUCAGAUCACCCACUCUCACUGGCAGCAGUGCAGCAGUGAGCUCCUUACCUCUGAGUGAAGACCCCGCAUCAAUAAUUGCACUCCCUCCUGCCAUCGCCUACCACGAAUGCUGCGAUCUCAAAAAACCAGACCCUCAGAUCCUGUGCCACGUGUGCAGAGUCUUCCACUCUAAAUCCUGCAACAUGGCGAAAUCCUGCCAGUCACACCAUGGCAGCACACAGCUGGGACAGUGCUCCUCCUGUGAUAAGUGGUGCUCCAGAAAGCCUCUGGUCCUGUGCAGAUACUGUGGAAACGAAUAUUGUAGUGCCUGUUGGUUCAGAAAUCCAGUUACAUGCAGGUGCGGCCAAACAUUUGACCAGUCAACAUCUGUGUGAUAAAGGUCUGACAAGCUUUGCACUUACGAGAUGCAUUUAGCAAAAGUUACAGUGACUUAAAUCUGCGUACUGGAACUGAAAACGCUGCCUUGAAGUUCUGCCAUUGUGCCAUUUAUUUGAUAUUUGCAUGUAGCCUCUGUGUGGUGUGGUUCUGCGCUCGCAGGUCGCUUUGCGGUAAUGUUUGUGUCCUGCAGCAGACUGCAGUAAAAGGGUCAAUGUGCCAUUAAAGUGUAUGUGUGGUAAACGUGUGUAACAUGGGAUGAAUUGGCGCGAUCACCGCGGUGUGGUGGGUAUGAUUCAAUAUAAAAUCAGUCACAGCAUUUAAAAUGUAAUUGCUUCAUAACUAACACUAAGAACCUUAAUUUUUCUGUAUUAGAAGUAUUCAAAUAUUACUUUUUGGCAGGUUAUGUGGCUUUCCUCAUUUUUUUUUUUUCUCGAGUAAUCAUUUGGCCGAGUGCUGAAAUCUGCUUGUUUUUGCCUUUAAGGUGACUUCACUUGUCUAAAGCACAUUUUCUGAAAUGUCAGUGGCAGCUGGAAGCUUUGUUUUCCUAGCUUUUCCACUGUCGCCUUAAUGCAACAUCUCAGGAACACUUUAAGGGAGUCUUUCCACGUUUAGGACAAACAUUUGUUUACACCAAAUGAUUUAUCAAACUGCAUUGUACUAAUCCUGCAAUGUAGCCUGACAUGCACCCUUCCCAGAAAUGUAGCUGCACGGCACAGCGGCGCCGACCUCGGCGGCGGUCGUGCGUCUGUGUGAUAUAUUUAUACACGGUGCAAAAACAAAAGGAUAACACUUCUUUCUGUAAAAACCUUUUGUAACCACCUGGUGUCAGCCUUCUAUCAGAAACUUUUCCUGCAGUAAUUCACUGAGCGUUAUGUUUGAAAUGAAUUUGUGUUGCUGUCUUUAAAGACGUCUUGUAACUAA